AUGGAGUCAGAUGCGCUUGAUCCUGCGGCCGCAAGUGCGUCGAGAUCGCUCCCUGAUUUCCUACGCGAGACCAAGCGGGAAUACAUCGACGCAGUGAAGGCUGGAAAGGGUGGGGAAUGGACCGUGGCGAUGGGCAACGAGGCAGGUGAUCUCGACUCUGCGGCCAGUGCUAUUGCCUACGCGUGGUAUGCAGGCACAAUCCGCCACUCGCCUACCGUUCCCCUCGUCCAAACUCCCCGCAGCGACCUCCACCUCCGUGCAGAGAACGAGCACGCUCUCGCCCUCGCCAAUGUCGACGCGCACGACCUCCUCUGCGUCGACGACGUCCCUCAAGCCCCAUCUGCUCCGUUCCCCUCCACCCGCUUUGCGCUCGUUGACCACAACCGCCUUGCGCAACUCUUCAGCGUGGACAAUCCCGUCGCACGUGUCGUCGCCAUCGUCGACCAUCACGAGGACGAGGGCCUCUAUCGCGGCGAGGCACACCCCCGCAUCGUCGUCAAGGGCGUCGGCAGCUGCGCUUCGCUCGUUACACAGCUCCUCGAGGAGCACUGUCCCGAGCGCGUUCCACCCGAGCUCGCGACGCUCCUCCUGGCCGCGAUCCUCGUCGACACGGGUGGGCUCGUCCCCGGCGGGAAGGCCGUCGACGCGGACCACCGCGCCGCGGCAUUCCUCGCCCCCCGCAGCACCCUCUCUGCCACAUCCUCCUCGCUCCACGCGUCCCCCGCGAUCCGCACGCUUGCAGACACGCUACAGCACAAAAAGGCGUCCGUCGCGCACCUCGGCACGCGCGACCUCCUCCGGCGCGACUACAAGGAGUACGCGCUCGCCCCCUCCUGGGCGCCCACGCCCGUGCUGCGCGUCGGGCUCGCGUCCGUCCCGCUCGCGCUGGGCGUGUGGCUCCCCCGCGAGGGAGGCGCGUUCGCCGACGCGGCGCAGGCGUGGAUGGACGAGCGCGGACUCGCGGCGCUGGGCGUACUCACCUCGUUCCGGGAGGCGGGGAAGGCGAACGGGCACGGGCACGGGAAGCACCGCCGCGAGCAGCUGUGGACUAUCCGUGUGCGCGAUGAUGGCGAGCGCGAGCUGGCGACGCGCUUGGUUCGUGGGCUGGAAGGGAGUGCAGAGUUGGCGCUGAAGGAGAGGAGGUGGGCGAAGGUGGGGGCGGAGGAGGAUGCUGGGUUUGGACCGGGUAUAGAGGUGCGUGUGUGGAAGCAGAAGAAUGCGCAUGCGACGAGGAAGGCGACGGCGCCGCUUGUGAAGGCAAUUGUAGAAGGGAGUGGUUCAGACAACAGGCAAUCGGGGCUGUGA